UGUGAGGAACUGGAGAGAAAGAUGGAAAAUGGUCGCUUGUCGAUUCAACCUAAUCAAAUGAUCGAUCUUAUGAUUGGUAACAUAAUCAACAGAAUGCUUUUCACGGAUCGAUUUGAAAAAGACGAGGAAACACAAUUCUUUGCCUUGAAAAACAAACUGGACAAUAUUUUCGACACAUUUGAGCCUUACGAUUUUCUCAUAAACGGCUGGACUAUAAACAUUCCGCUAUUCCGACGUCGAGCUGAGGCUUUGCUGACGCCACAGAACCAACUACUCGGCUUUCUCAACCGACAAGUUGAAAAAAGGGUGAAAGCCAUAGCAGAUGGCAGUCAUGUUUUGGAAGGCGAAGGAGAUGACUUUGUAGACGCCUUCCUCAUCCAAAUGGAGAAAGACGAGAAAUCUGGAUUGCAGAUUAGUUUCAACAAGGAAAGCCUUGGCCAUUCCUUACUCGAUUUAUGGGCUGCUGGGCAGGAGACCACAGCUACCACUUUGAUUUGGGCAUUUGCUUAUCUUCUUUUGCAUGAAGAUGUGAGUUUGAAUUUGUUCUAA